UUUCAUUAAUGGCCAAUAUUAGUGCAGAAGAGAUGAAAAAUGAAGUGGGGACUAAUAGAGAAAUAGUGAAGGAAAGUGUUGUUGAAUCUCAUCCUUAUGCAUUUCAUGUUUCAGGACCUCGUAAUAUUUCUUCUCCAAAUUGGAAGGACCUUAUUAAUUCCAGUUGGAGGAAGGAUGCUAACUAUAAAAGAACAGUAAUGGCCUGCUUUAUCCAAGCAGUUUACCUUCUUGAGCUUGACAGACAAGAAAAUAGGACAGAACAAAAUGCACUUGCUCCAAAAUGGUGGAUACCCUUCAAGUACAAGCUGGUCGAGACCCUAAAAGAUGAACGAGAUGGAUCCAUAUUUGGUGCAAUAUUCGAGUGGGAUCGAUCUGCAGCUUAUGCUGAUUUUGUACUGAUCAGACCCAGUGGUGCACCUAGAGCUGUUUUAGCCUUAAGGGGAACACUUCUGAAAAGCCCAACAAUGAGAAGAGACAUCGAGGAUGAUCUCCGCUUCCUAGCCUGGGAAAGUUUGAAAGGAUCUGUGAGGUUUAGUGGAGUCCUGAAGGCCUUGAAAGCAAUCACCGACAAGUAUGGAAGCAAUAACAUUUGUAUUGCUGGCCAUUCCCUUGGAGCUGGCUUUGCGCUUCAAGUGGGAAAAGCAUUAGCCAAAGAAGGAAUAUAUGUAGAGGCACAUUUGUUCAAUCCACCCUCGGUUUCACUUGCUUCAAGUUUCAGAAACAUUGGAGAAAAAGCUGGCUUUGCAUGGAAAAGGUUAAAAGCAAUGCUUCCUUCAAAGUCUGAUUCUCAGAUCAGCUGUGAGGAAAGCGGUGCAACAUCAUUUCGAGUAGGCCCAAAGCAAUGGGUCCCUCACUUGUAUAUUAACAACAGUGAUUACAUAUGCUGCUCUUAUACUGAUGCAGACGGAGCACAAAACGACCAAGCUGCUAACAACAAGGAGAACGCAAAACCAACAAACUGCCAAGCUGCAGCAAAACUUUUCUUGUCUUCGAAAGGCAAACAAAAGUUUCUUGAGGCUCAUGGACUGGAACAAUGGUGGUCCGAUAACUUGGAACUACAAAUGGCUGUUAGUAACAGCAAACUCAUUAGCCAGCAGCUGAAAUCCUUGUACACUCUGCCAGCUUCUCAAGUAACACCAGUCAAGCGAUAACAGAUGAACAAGUGGCUUCGUCGCUCCCUUUGUGAAAUAACUCAUUUUCAAUGACAAUAGUUGUUCCUAUAUCACCAUGUUGGUGGUAUGCACUUAAAAGGUUCUUACAAUUUUAUUUCCUCUCUUGUAUUAAUGAACAAUGCAGUGAGGAUGCUCUGAAGGUGGAGCCAAAUAAUCUCAAAUGUGGAACCCAUGUUUCUUUUA